UUAAAACUAUUAGCCAUUAAAACUGUUAUGAAAAGUACUGUAUAUGAUAAUGUAGAAGUAUUUAUGGUUGAAUUAGAAAAGAAGGAUCUGAAACAUUUGUGAUUAAAAUAUGUAUAAAAAAAGGCUGGGGGGGGAAACAAGAAAUGCUGGAUUAUGGAUUCUGACUGCAAAUGGAAGUGUAGUUCUGAGCCAGUAGGCUCCCUUUAAGGUGAGUGCCAACAGAAACAUUCAUGAAUUGAAAGCCAUGCAAGGCUGAGGUGCUCUUAUGUGGUGAGUAAACCAAAAGUAGGCAUUCUGUUUUUCUUUUCUUUUUUUUUCUUUUAAAGUUUAUUUAUUUUGAGUGAGAGAAAGCACAAGCGGGGUAGGAGCAGAGAGAGAGGGAGAGAGAAAAUCCCAAGCAAGCUCUGCAUUUAAUGCAGUGCCCAGUGCAGAGCUCGAUCUCCUGAAUGCUGAGAUAAUGACUUGAGCCAAAAUCAAGAGUCAGACACUUAACCAAAAGAGCCACCCAGGCACUCCUGUUUUUCCACUUUUUUGAUGGAAAAUUUCAAUCACGUGCUAAAGUGGAGAAUGUGCCUCCAUUUAUCCAUUACCUAGCCUCCAUGAUAUCAACUCAGCCAUUUUAUUUCUUAUGUAUAUCUAUACCAAAUUGCCCCCACACCAAUUUUCUUGACCUAUAUCACAGCUAUCCUGUAUUUCAUCCAUAUUUCAGACAAGGCCUAACUGUGAUACCAUUAGCACCUCCAAAUUAACAGUAAUUCUUUAAUAUCAGAUAUUCAGUGUUGAAAUUAAAACUAUAUGUUAACUAGAAUUUAACCUUGAAACAAGGAAAAAGACAAAUAUUCAGGAUUCACAUAUCCCCAAUUGCCCUAUAUUUUUUAGGUUUGAAUUAGUAUUCAAAAGAGCCAUAAAACAGGUCGUUAUUCUAUACAGAUUUUUACAACCUGUGUUUUUCUGAUUGUGUCCCUGUGGGGUCACUUAAAUUUGUCCCUUAUAUUUCCUAUAAACAAAUUCUUAGAUCUGAAGGUUCAGUUGGAUUUGAGGUACUUAGAGUAGAGCAACACUACUUUAUAGGUACUGGUGUGUACUUCCCCAAGGGUGAGCAAAGUCUGGCUGUCCUUUUUUGUCAGAUUAGGAGCUAUGGUGCCUAGAUGAUCUCUGCCUAGACCCAUUAGCGGUUGUAAGAUGGUGAUACUCUAAUUUGUCUUUUCAUCAUUUGUUACCUAAAACAUUGCUGUAAAGAGAAAUCUCCCACAUCAACACUUAAUUUUUCCUAGGUACAGUUGAUAUAGAAAAAAAGAUCAAUACUUGAUUAUUUCUCUUUAUCGGUUUCUAAAAUAAUUAGUUGACUCCAUAGUAUCCUCCCAAUGUGAUCAAUGUGCUUUUGUGCCUGGUAACAUUGUGAACUCAUGGAUUUAAGCAAAUUGGAUGUUUGGAACCAUCAUGGUCCUUGCUGAUGCUGAAACUGUCCCCCCCUCAAGUGGGGGACCCCCAACUUGACUCAGGAGACUGAUAUAAUCAUGGUAAUCUCAGCCUCCUUGCUUCUGAUACAUUCUAGUCAUGUCUUCAAAGCUUCUGCCCCAAACCUGAAAUUAGCCAUUUUUCCAGGGAGCCCUUGGUUUUCACUUAAAGGGAUAAUGGUAUUUAGAUACCACAGUCUGGGCACUAUAAAUGCUCAUUGCUAUGGGUUUGGUCAAUAUCUCUAGGUCUUUACAGUUGGCAGACCUGGAGGAAAUUUUUAAGAUUAAAGUACAGCAUGAGUUUAUACUUUAAUCUUCUUGAUCUUACAUCUGUAUCUCUUCUUUCUCAUUGGAAAUCCAGCUUCUUAAGGAGAUAAACAGAAUUACUUCUCACUAUUCUCACAUUGUCCCAGAAUAAAGGUACCAACACUAGAAUAAUAGUGGGAUUAUUGGAAACCAUUCAGUUUAUUUGGUAGUUCUUUUUGUCCUUAGGGUUCUCUAUGUAUUUGUUGUUUUAAAGUCACUUGGAGGUGGAAUUUGGGCCAGGAUGAGGAGGGGGUGUAUAUACUGUUCCUAAAUGGUUCUGUGUAAGUUAUCUCUUUUCCAGUUGGAGAGAGUGCCAUCACCUGAUCAUCGCCGGAGAAGCUACCGAGACUUGGACAAGCCCCGUCGUUCUCCCACACUGCGCUACAGGAGGAGUAGAAGCCGGUCUCCCAGAAGGCGGAGUAGGUCUCCUAAAAGGAGGAGUCAUCUCCACAGCCCCUCCCCUCGCCGAGAAAGGCAUCGGAGCAAAAGUCCAAGGCGUCACCGCAGCAGGUCUCGAGAUAGAAGGCACAGAUCCCGCUCCAAGUCUCCAGGUCAUCACCGUAGUCACAGACAUAGGAGCCACUCAAAGUCUCCUGAAAGAUCUAAGAAAAGCCACAAGAAGAGCCGGAGAGGGAAUGAGUAAUGGACUCAGUUUGGUUUUAGUCCAAAUGGCCUCAUGUGGAUCUGAAGUCACCUGUCUAUGUGGAAGUAUCAAGACCUACACCUUAGGCAGCUAUGAGAAUAUUUUAGCUCUUUUUAACCAAGUUUCUCCACUUUUUUUUUUUUUUUUAAAUGAAAGAGGUGCUGAGUUUUGUAUCGCUCUUUGAAUCAUAAUCCACAUUUGAGGGAUAGCACUUCCCAAGGGCUGCUUUCGACCCCUCUGUACAACCAACCUUGACUGUACUCAACUUUGUAAGGGAUUUGAGGGGUGGAGAGGAUGAAUGGCAAGGAGAGGAUGUGGCUGCAUGGUGACCCUUUUGUUAUUAAAUUUUACACAUCCAC